AUGAUACUUUACACCAGAGUACAAGUUGAAUUUUAUAUGAAUGAAAAUACAUUCAAAGAGAGGUUAAAAUUAUUUUUCAUCAAAAAUCAGCGAUCAAGUCUAAGAAUACGCUUGUUCAAUUUUUCCCUCAAGGUAUUAAGCUGCUUAUUAUAUAUAAUUCGAGUACUUCUGGAUCCUCCACCACAAGGAAAUAAAUGGUAUCAUAUCUUUUGGGUGACAAGAUGUCUACCGUUAUGGGGCUUACAGGUUUCAGUGGCCUUGAUAAGUCUCUUUGAAACAGUGUUACUUGGUUACCUGAGUUAUAAGGGAAAUAUCUGGGAGCAGAUUUUACGCAUCCCCUUCAUCCUGGAAAUCAUUAAUGCUGUCCCCUUCAUCAUCUCAAUAUUCUGGCCUUCCUUAAGAAAUCUAUUCAUCCCUGUCUUUCUAAAUUGUUGGCUUGCCAAACAUGCUUUGGAAAAUAUGAUUAAUGAUCUUCAUAGAGCCAUUCAGCGGACACAAUCAGCAAUGUUUAAUCAAGUUUUGAUUUUAAUAUCCACAUUACUUUGUCUUAUCUUCACCUGUUCAGGAUUCCACAACAAAUGGCCCACGAGGCAGCACUUAGGAUGGCUGUCACGUGACGCGUGGCAAGCCAGACCACGGCGAUUGGUCGCUGUGGGUCACGUGACAGCCAACAGCCUUCCUGUGAUGGGGCGGGCCAUAAAUUGUGCAGGUCAGGAGGAGACAUUCUCAAUGGUCCCCGCUUCAGGUGACCAUUGA